AUGGGGGACGAUUUACCUUGGAAUCUAAACAUUCUAGAUCCGAUGGACGAUGAUUUUGGAUUCAGAUUUAUGGAUGUGUCAAAGGAUGGUGUUGACGAGCUUAUUGCUCAACGAGAAAACGAAAAUACGAAGAAAAAGACGAUGUAUGACCUGAACAUUGUUCCAAAAAAUUUCUUUGCGAGUACGGAAAGAAGAGAGACUAUAAGAGAAAAUCCCACCGGGGAAGCUGAAUGUAUACCUCAGUGAAUUCAUUAUUGUAGCUAGAAUUAACGAAGAAGAGAGAACAAUAUGAGCCGUCCUCUCUCAGAGGAAUCUUAUCAAGUAUUGACCGGUUAUAUCUUACAAGGCGUGAAUAUGGGAAAAGGCUAUUCAUUGAUCCCGAAUUUACGAGAUUGAGAGACUCAUCGAAGGCAAAGCAAAAAGAACUGAAAUAAUGUGCCCGAAUAAUAUAUUACACUUCGGUCUCAGAGGUUACACAGGAUAACGAAAUUCAAAGUUACGCUGGGGUGAUGUUGUUUUCGCGACUGACAGUCAAGGCAAAGGACAUGUUGUUCAUUCAAAGAGACAAACGAAGAGCAGAAAGGGCGACAACUCACGGAAUGUUAAUUAGGCCCGCUGAGAAACCGAUAAUGUAUGAAAAUUAAAUCUCAAUGCGACAUAUUUCCUUUUGUUUUCGUCAACUUCAGAGCCAGUUGCGAAAAAAGAGAUACUGAAAAAAUUUGUUGAAAGGAGCAAAUAUUGCCUAGAAAUCUUUAAUAAUACUUGGGAAAAGCUAGCCUGUUCUUCUCCUUUAAGAUCGUUGAGCGAGCGUAUGAAAAUUAAUAGAAAUGGCGGGGAUUUAUUGACCGCCAGCGAAUGUUGGAAAUUUUUCUUGGUAUUAAGGGGAGGUCAAACUACUUACCUUCCUCCGAGGAAGUGUGUGGCGCCUGACUUCGGCAAUGAAACCCUCAACGGCUCUUUCGCUCUGCAAGGUUAACGAACCCAACAAUCGAAUAUAGCGGUGCCAGGAUGUAAUAUAACACUUUAUUUAGCUCUGAAAACCUCAUGCCACCAAUCAAGAUUAACCCUGCAAAACGAACGACAUUUGGAACUGUUUUGCUUUCCAGAAAAUGAAGAGAACAUGCUUCCAAUACAAACAUUAAAAAAAAAAAAAAAAAAAAAAAAAAAAAAAAAAACGAAAAUAAGGCGUGUUUCAAACGUCGUGCUACUGCUGUGCUAAGCUGGCUCGACUGUAGCUCGACUGCAGCAAGACACUAACACGACUUGGUUUCAGACGUCGAAUUUAGUUCAGUAGAAUAGAACGGCUUUUGCCGAAAACAAAACACAAAAAUAAAGAAACGGUUUAGCAAACCUUUAAAUGUGUUCUAAUGUAUUUAUGAUUUCUGAAUUGAGUUCGGCACGGCAGUAGCACGACGUUUGAAACGGGCCUGAUUUUAUGUUUAUGACAUAAUAUGUAUGCUACACUACCAGGAGCUUUUAAUACCAAGAAAUCCAUCUCUUAGAGUGUAACAAUAAAGCUUUAGAAUUCCCCUCAUUUUAAAAAUCAGAAAUCAAAUAAGCCUCGUGUGGUAUUUGAGAAACAUGUCACAACCAAACUUCAUUUCAGUUUUUUUUAAUAAUGUCUGUAUGAUGUUGGUUCCUUUUACUUUCUUAAAAAGCGAAAUAGUUUAAUAUUUAAACUUUCGUUCGUUUUGCGUCCUAGUUUUGUGAAAAACUUACCUGAAACUUGAGAAUUGAUUCACUCCGUUUCCAAACCCUUAUCGCCAAACUUCAGAGUCAUUCAGUUUUUCUUCAUUCGGCGUUCUGUAAAAAUACCCCUGCUGGCUUACAACGCCAAACAAUUGAUUCCUCUUGAUCGCUAACAAUUUGAACUCGCAGGGUGUUUUUAUGUUGGCAUAUUAGAGAACUUAAGCAAAGGCGCUUUUGAGCGACGCACAUCAACCGGAUGUGAGGUAUUUUUCAUUUAAAGCACCUUGACACUACCAAAUUUUUUUCUAAGAAAAGACGGUCUUUUCUAAGGAAAAGUCGCUAAAGUUCGGUGUUCCUAUCUUGAACGGUUUUGAAGUUAUCUUUGGAGACCGAGGUAGGAUUUUAUCGCCUGGUUUUUAAUUUUUAUUUGCUUGGCAGCAAUCAAGUGAAAAACGAAAAGAAAUGAUCAAAAUCUAUGAUAAUUUAAAUUCAUUUAUUAUUAACAUAUAGAUUAGUUCAGCGGGGGCUGGCAACGGCCUUUGAUCUUGCCGCUUUUCGGCUUUCCAUGAUCGCCCCAGUUAAGGAAUCUGUCAAUCAUUCGAGAACUGUAGCGAGCAUGCGCGAAACGGGCUGAGAACAACAACAAGAUCAAGAAGUUCGUCUUCGCAGCGAUUCGACAGUGUGGAGUGAAUUCGCUUUUGGUCCUGUUGGUCAUUGCUUUCUUUGCUGUAACCGAUUUUUUCCGCAGUAAUGUGGGGCUUACGUUUUCCUUGCUUCUGGUCUUGCGUUUGUCAUUACAUGCGGUUUACUGACUACGCUAAGAACCAGACCAGUGAAUAGUUAUUGUACAUGUACAUGUUCCUCGAUGCCCGACCUUUUGGCUCACUACAGGCUUUCAAGCUGUGUUUCUGUUUAGAAGACCCACAAGACUAGAAAAAGAGCCAACCCUCCAAUGCGUAUGAAGAAGAGUUUAUAUUUUCAAGUGAAAGUUCGGAAAUUAAUCCUUCGGGACAUUAAAAAAAGCGCGGUGGCCGUGGUCAAAUAGAAGAGUUGUCAGAGUUGUUUACGGCUUUAGUACACCUUUAAGAGGAAAAGAAAUGAUGAUUGAGAUUCUUAAUUCUUCAUCCUUGAUUGUGAACUUAUCCUGGCAGAUUUGCGUUGGAUGAUUGAGUGGCAUGUGGUCAAAUCUCGUAGUUCAUGUAUUAGAAGCUAAAUAAAUUUUGCCAAGAGAUCAUUCACUCUAAAGAUGCUUAAGUUCUUAUCUUCGUGUGAUUUAAUUUAAACUUUACCGUAGUUUCUAAGAAAUGAAUAUAGGCAAAUGAAAGGGUAAUUAUUUUGUGUGUUUGGAAUUCUCUUUUCAUGACAGCAGUUACUACACUGCCUUCAGUUUGAGUCCUCAUUCAAUUGUGUUUUGUUUUGUUGCAAACAAAGAGGGAGAAAUUAUAAAUAUUUUAUUCCAAAAACUACACUACCCACUGGAACAAGAGUAUGGUUUAAAAAAGAUUAGCUAAGGUCAGGAAAUAAAUGUUCAAGUUUGCAUGUUUUGACAAGGACUACAUCUGGCUAAAUAUGCUUCAAAGAGCAUUUAUAAAAUUAAAAAAAUGAUGACAUUUCUAUUUUUGCCUUUCCUUUGGCCACUGUGAUCAGUUUUUGCCAUAUAGUUGCAUGUAAUGUUUUACACGUUUGGACAUCAAUCUACCAGGUUAGUUUGUGUCUGUGUAAAAAUGUAGUUUACUGUUAAUGAAAUCAAAGUAAACCCUCUCAACUUAAAAAUUGCCUUGUACUAGUGGAUAUUGAAAACACCAUAGGAUGCCUUCGAAAAAAAAUGUAAAAUGAUUAUUAAGAUAGUGUUAGUUGCAGUCAACAAUAACAGUUAGAAACUUGUGUUGAGGCUGGCAAAACUAUUUUUCAGAGACCAGAAGCCUUCACUGACUCUGCUGUUACAAUAAGUGGUAAAAGGGAGUUAAAAUGUGAGAUCACCUCCCUGGGCUUACACUGAAAGAGAGUAUGGGUAGUCGGACACACUGUGCAUUUCCCUACCCGUUUUUAGACAAGAGACAUUACUUUAUAAUCCUGAUUCAUUUCCUUUAGCGUACAAAAUUAAGGUAGCUUUUAAACUUAAAAACAUGGAAAAACUUGGGGAGUAAAAUGGUGGUACCAAUAGACUGUACUCUAUAGACCACUUCUUCUUCAACCCUCACAACCCAAACAGACACCUUGUUCGAAAAAAGGGUGAAAUGGUCACCACCCUAAAUCAGCAGCACAUACCCAUCUAGGCCAAAUAAUCCAAGGGUAGUAUCGUAGAAAGAACUGCUAAGAGGAUAGAGCUCAAGCCCGACAAUAACUUCUUUUGAUGGUUGAUAAAAAAUCAAUUUUACCUUGUAUAAUUUAGUUGUAAAUCAGAUUCAUAACUUACACAAACAAUAAACUUAAGUUGUAUAUUUUUCAAGCCUCUUCUGAUUCUCUUUAUAAACUUUGCAAAACAUUCAGUUUUCUUUUUUCUGUUUCUUGUACUUCAGUCCUUUGAGGGAUUUUCUCAACGCAUACCCUUUCCUGAUGUACUCACUCUUAUUAGCAACUGAAUUAGCCUCUUGUUCUUACACUAAACCGCUAUAAUCAUUCAAGUAUAAUUCAUAACUAAAGGGUAAUUUUUGUAUCAACAAUUUCAAGAAAAUACUUGAAACCGAAUUCACUAUCUCAUACAAAACUACUAAACACGGUAUUGCUGUUGGAAAUUUAUUGAUUAUCACUCCAAUGACAUUGCAGUGAAGGUUUUGAAGGUUCAGUAAACCCCUCCCUGCAGCCUUUUGAUAUUAAAAAUAGCUUAUACUUACAGACCCAGUAUAUGUGAAGCAAGCGAUUGGAACGUUUUCCCUGGUUUUUUCUAAACUGGCCCUGUAUUCUGUAUUUACGCCCAUAAAUAUUUGUUGUGCCUCCCGGUGUACACAAACAAACUUACGAACAGCGAAGUAGAAAAUCAGUGGUUUAAUGAACAUUCACAUAUGACCGUUGCAAGACUCAUACCAAUAUAUUGUGCCCGUAGCAUAGAGUCUUAAUAUCACUGUAAGUGGAAAAAUAUAAGAAAUGGAGCAAGAUGGACCCUCGAAAAUUCACGAAGCUUUAAAUAAAAAUAACUGAAGUUGCCGAGAUCCCGAAUCACGAUAAGUGAAGUCACCCAUGAACUUUUCAUACAUCACGCCUCCUGAUGUCCAAAAGGACCAUUAAAAAAGUCCGUAGAAACCUUCUCUUGAUAUUUGUACGCGGGAAAACUUAAAACCGAGCAAAAACUCAUCGUCCUUCCAUGUCUGGAUUCUCCGCCAUAUUUGUUUUCAAGGAAAAUUUGUACUCAGUCUCACGCGGCCGAAUUUCUUAACUAGGGCGAUCAUGUAAACUCGGUUCCAGACCUCGCUGCCAGCCCUCCCUGGAUUAGUUCUUCAAAAUGUACUCGGGGUGUUGGAUAUCAGGAAAUUAUCCGGCUUCCUCUUGGGCGAAAAGGAUGAAGACUUCUACAAAUGGAUUUAAUGACUUCAUUGUUUCUGUAUCUUUCUUUUCUGCUUUUUUGACCAGUUUUGAAAAAAAGCAAUAUAUACACACUUGAACCCUUUUUACCAAAAAAAAAAAAAAAGCAAACAAACAAAAGUCGCUGCUGGGCUAACACGUCAAAUUUGAACAUUUGAAUAGUUUUGUUUUUCAAAAAUUUGAGCAGCUUGCUUUCUAGCUUAUUACCCAUAACUCCUAGGCAAUCUAAAAUUAAUGGGCCAAUAUAUAAUUUCAAUUCAAAAUUCAACUGGUCCUCCUUUUUUGGAAUAAAGCAAAACAAAUGUACCAUUUAUUCAUGAACCUCGAGGUGAUUUACGUUUUUUAAUUUCUUAGGAAUUAAGCGUCGGGACGAGAAAGGCUAUUCUGUGCAGGGCCGGUAAAAAGACGAAUUAACACUCUUUACAUGAAAAUUGCCCUCACUAACAGUUAAAAGGUGACUUUGGUUAGACAAGUGUCAAAAUGCCUUGGUGAAAACGUCGUAAAACCAACAGAAACCAAAAAAAAGCCACAGAUUACCGCAAAUCAUGAAUUAAAAAGCUUGAAACUUUACAAGCGACUGGGCUUGGCCCUACCUUGUUGCAGUGAAGACCUUACGAUCUCUUAACAGUGAAAAGAUCACUGAAAAACGGACUUCGCUUACUUAAAUCAAGAUCGGUCAUUCUUUUAUUUCUUGGGAAAUUAAUCUAGAGCUAAAGAUUGCGGACAAUAAAGGACCGUGCAGGUCUCCAUUCAGAAAUAUGGCGCUUUAUAGGGCUCAAAAAUCAACCUUGUAAAUUUGUCGAAACUUGAGAGUUUAUUGAUCAAAACUUGUGGACUUAUCAAAGUUUUAUUAUCUUAAGGUUUAAAUUUUAAUUAUCAAACUCUCGGUUAAAUUCAUACAAUACCCCGCUAUUGAAUUCAUCGAAACCUUACAUUUCGUCGAAGGACUGAAUUUUCGAGGUCGAACUGUAAUGAUGUGAAAUCUGUCGAAACCUUACUUCAUCAAAACAACAAAUUGGUAAACAGUUAAUUGAAUUGACCUUGAACGGAACGUUAGAAUCAUCAAACGUUGAAUUCGUCAAAUUGUUGAAUUCGUCGAAACACUAAAUUCUUGGAACCAGUCUAUCACGUUCUCUGAAGUCCCACCAGCCUUUGCAAGUAAGGUUUCCUUGUGGUACUGUCAUUAUUAAAGAGAAAAGGAGAAAAGCAACAGAUUACGGCAGGAGCCUAUCAAAGGCUCCUGAUUACGGCUAAGAAAUGGCUAAUUGAAACCUUACUAUAAACUGCGGUUUACUACAUUUUAAACGUUUUAACAGUUAUGCCUCUGUGACGUUUGUUAUCAUUUAGAAUAAAAACCUGCUCGGCAACAAGAUGUGAAAGGUAAUUCCCUUGUUUUGCACUGUGCAUCAUCUAGUACGCAUAACAUUGCGCCUUCAAAGGUGGCGGCGAUUUUCAAAUGGUUGGCAAAAAGUUAAAAAAAGAGGUAAUUAUAGCCUCUUUUGUAGUCCUAAUAGUUUUAAAAACGAUUUUAAUAAUUCUACCCGGCUAAAAGGGUGUUUGUCUUGAAACUCGCCCCAGUCCCCUCGCGCAAAAUGAUCACUUGAAGCCGAAAUUUUUCCCUAUGUUGUCGUUUUGCCAUAAAAGAGAACGGUAACCCCCCCCUCCUUUAUAUUUGUGUUGUUUACUCGUUAUGGCUACACCAAAAAAUAUAUUAAGGAGAAAAAAUCAGUAUAGUAGAAGUUGUAUUUUUUUAGAUAUAAAUAACGUGAAUUCUCGCAUUUAGUCAAGAGCAACAGAGGAACGAGAUAAUAAAGAGUUUAAGAUACCACGACGGCGACGGCCACGAAAACGUCUCUUAAACUCGCUUGCUUUGUCAAAUGCAAGCGAACUCUCAUGGAGCCGAAUUCCAAACAAACAUAUCCAUGUUCAGAGAGAGAGAAAGAAAAUUUCGUCGACGCUUGUUUACGUCCUCCAUAAAACGUGAUAUUAGGCUGCGUGCAAACGGGCGCAACAACUCCCAACAUUAUUGCGCCAAAAAUGUUGGGAAUUGUAGCGUGCGUGUUGUCAGUGGUGUGCAAACGGAUGCAACAACUCCCAACAAGUUUGGGACGUGCAGUGCAUCGUGGGAAGAAUACAACCCAUAGGUCUUUGUAAUCCAUGCGUAAUGAGCGUGCGUGGCCCCUACGAUGUUGGAAGAACCGUGCAAACGGAUCCAACAUUGUUGGGCUACGCUUCGGCGAUCACGGAACAAAAGAAGUGUUGGGAGUUGUUGGCUCAAAAGUUUGGCCGGUUUCAAACUUUGCGCAACAACACGCAACAACAUGCAACAGGGUGUGCAAACGGACGCAACAUGUAACAUCCAACAACGUUGGGAGUUGUUGGCCAACAAUGUUGCGUCCGUUUGCACGGGGCGUUAAACUCCCUAAUGUUACAACCAGUGGCGGAUCCAGGAGAAGGGCCCGGGGGGCCCGCCUCCCCCUUAUUUUUAGACCAAACUAAGGCCCGAAGAGCCGAAAAAAAUUUUUUUUGAGACCGGGCGCCCCCCUUAUCUGAAGGUCUCGAUCCGCCACUGAAAACUGUCCAUUUCGUUACAUUUUUUCAAAGUCGGGUAAUUUGAGGUCACUUAACUGAAGAAACAUAGCCUAGACAAACAAACGAGCUUAAGGUUGUAAUAAGAUACAUAGUUUUUGCUAUAAAAUAAGAAUUUUUGACGGUUGUUUAAGUUUCGAACAUUUCGCGCGCAACAACUGCUCAAGGGGUUUAACGCCUGGGUGAGACCUAGAAAAUAUUUUUUCUUUACAAGUAAAUCUUGAGGUUUUCUUGUGCUAAAGUUCAUUAUGGUCACGUAACAUAUCACGUGACCACAAAUUGAAAAUGAAGGGAACUGGCCAAAUGGUGGAGAAUUUAAUUUGUUUGGAUAAACAAGUUGGCAUUUCUGAAAGAUGAUAAACAUGUAACCUUUGGAAUGAAUGUACGCGAAGGGUUUAAGAUUAAAGUUUUAGAUAAUUCAAGAUUAAAUUUGGGCGUUUAAAAUGGUGUUUUCCCUCAUAACGUUUUAUUGAAGUGCAAUCAGGACGGAUAUUUCAAACGUGAAGAGUUAGAAAUGUUUAAUAUGAACUAGAAAAAUGUUCUUGCUCGGUUUCUUUUCUUAAACGGGCCACCAAUUGGUCAAUAAUUUCCGAUAUCUAGCAAAAUUAACACAAUUAACACAAUAUUUAUACUUGAAAAUGUUAAGGACGAUCAGUUCUUUAUGUGUGCCAAUUUUUGAUUCAGCGCCAUCAUCUAUGCCAAAGUUGUUGUAGCCAGUAAUUUAUUCUUCCACAGGUGAGAAAGAACUAAGUUAGAAUUACGGGAAUGCAAGGCUAAAACAAGCACGGUGACCCCAUCUUUAUAUUGCAGUUUUUGAAUGUCCCAUAUAUGUCUGGCAUUUGUGGCAAGUUUGAAAAAAACCGGGUAACUUACAUCAUUUUCAAGGGAAUUACUUCGAGCUAAAACAAGAAAUUCAUAUGCAAGAAAUUUCUUAGGAAAGGAGCAGGUAAAUCAAUUGAGUCUCGUUAAUUUCCUCAAAAGAGUGGCGCCAUGUCGAAAGCAUCAGCUUUUCCUUUAACGUUUCUAAGUGUGCCGUGCUCUAUUUGUAGCGUGUUGUGUUUGAAUUAAAAUAUAUGAAAUGAAUCAGUAAAAGGUGUAUAUUUUGAACUGCGGAUAAAGAUAUGAAAGUGAACAAUCCUCGCAGCAGAAUAUACAACCUUAAGCGGUUGAAAAAGAACCAGAAAAAUUCAAGCUUGACGGGGAAUCGAAAUUCUCCUUUAUUCACGCUCUACCUUUCAACAAUUGGAGAACUAAGAAGGGCAAUGCUGAGCAAGGAUGACAUGCAGAGACGAAUUGACGCGCUCUAGUAAACUAGCUUACGUAACCAAACUACACUCGUUGAGUUCUUCUACUAAGAGCUUUCUGGGAUGUUUGCUUAGUUACCUCACCGACCGACGUCAGUUUCUUCGGAAAUAUGCCAGGAAGUCCAAUCUUGCGUUGGUGGACUUUGGCGUUCUUCAAGGCUCUCGUCUGGGUUCCCUCACCUCCUACUUAUAUGUGGCGGGAGACCUGCAACAGACCCAGCAUCGUCCAUGCUACUAA